AUGUGGCGCCCUGUUCAGCCUAUCACAAUAGGGCAUCAGCCAUUUGCAGUCUGCCUAUGCGUCGACUUUUCACGUAUUUCUGCCUCAUUCGCUGCUUUGCACACAUUGUCCCCUUUUCCCAUUCUCCCGUUCCCUCCUCGUGCUCACGCUGUGGCCGCAUUCUGGCCAAUCAUAGCCUCUGACAACUGCUCCAAGGUGCACCCCAUUGUCCGCCUGACCAAUAGGCCUGUCACUUUUGCCAUUUUCACAAAGGGUACUUUUCGGUCAAAUCAGUUCUGCAAGAGUACACCGUCAGCCCACGCCCCUCACAGUUCAUAUGCCUCCGUCUGGCCCUAUCGCCCUCAUCUGCAUCCUCCUCCUCUCAGGCCUCACCGGUACCAAGUAGCCCCAGCAGAUCUGGAUCUUCAUCGUCCCGUCGGCGCGUUGAUCAGCCACUCGUCCGGACUCUGCGACGAGACGCCGAGUACGACUGACGCCCGGUCACGCGAUGGCCCGAAACCUCCACGACUGGACGGCUGUACCACUCGGUCGUCACUUUCCACCAUUAACCGCAUACCCGUACUGCGUACGGCUCUGGUGCAGACAACCUAUCCAGUCCAGACGUCUGGUGCCUGCGGAGGCAAGUUGGCAACUCGAACAAAUGUGCCCGUGUGUGGACAAGGUGUUGUGUCGUUUGUAGUCUCCGUGACCCACGUCGAUCCGGCCCAACUGGUGUGUUGCGCCACAACGAACGGGCGACUAGGCCGGUCUUCCGACCUCGAGCCCAGCAUGACCGAGGGCGCCGCGGUUCGAGUCCCCCUGGCCGCUGGCGGAGACAUACAUCCUGGCGGCCUCAUGGCCUGGCCUCAGGGCCCUCCGGUCUACUUUUUGGCGGCAAAUAAUGGUGCUCAAAUGUAA